AUGACGCAGGGAAGAGUCAUCGUCCGCGUGGCGGGCACGCUGCAGAAGUUUGUUGACGACCUGUUUGAGACCAUCUUCAGCACAGCCCACCGUGGCAGCGCCCUGCCGCUGGCCAUUAAGUACAUGUUCGACUUCCUGGACGAACAGGCCGACAAACACAGCAUCCACGACCCGCACGUGCGCCACACAUGGAAGAGCAACUGCCUACCUCUGCGUUUCUGGGUCAACGUGAUCAAGAACCCCCAGUUUGUGUUUGACAUCCACAAGAGCAGCAUCACCGACGCCUGUCUGUCCGUCGUGGCCCAGACCUUCAUGGACUCCUGCUCUACCUCAGAGCACCGAUUGGGCAAGGACUCGCCCUCCAACAAGCUGCUCUACGCCAAGGACAUCCCCAGCUACAAGAGCUGGGUGGAGAGAUACUACUCAGACAUCGGAAAAAUGCCUGCAAUCAGCGACCAGGACAUGAACGCCUACCUGGCGGAACAGUCCCGGAUGCACAUGAGCGAGUUCAACACCAUGAGCUCCCUCAGCGAGAUCUACUCCUACGUGGGAAAAUACGCAGAGGAGAUCGUGUGUGCUCUGGAACAGGACGACGGCGCCCGGAAACAGAGACUGGCCUACAAGCUGGAGCAGGUGGUGGCCUGCAUGAGUAUAGAGAGCUGAGGACUACAUUUCCCAGGGCGCACUGGGAAGAGACUAGACCCGUCCGAAAACCGAGCCGUGCCUGAGUGAAGACCUACCCUCAUAUAUCCUUAUCUUCAUCAUGUUGACUUCCUCCUCUCCUCUGCUUCUUCCUCCCGUCUUCAAGACGAAGACGUCCUCCUUGGCCGACGACCCUUUAUUCUUCCACUUCCUCUUCUUCAUGCUCUCGUCUCUCUCGCAGAAGAAGAAGCGUCUGUUGUUUUAGUUUUUCCUCAUCCGCUCUGCUGCAUAGACUAGUCGACCUA